GCUUCCUUCGCUGAGUACAUAGUAAGAUCUUACUCUCAACAUGAAGCAGAUCUCUAUGGUUGCGGUCCUGGUGGUGGCCCUGGCAUGCCUGGUGAGCUGGAGCAGCGCCAUGCCUGAGCCCGACCCUGUAGCUGACCCUGACCCCGGCUACCGUCGCUUCGGUGGAUUGGGAUAUGGUGGAUACGGUUUGGGCGGACUUGGAUACGGAUACGGAGGUCGUGGCUACGGAUACGGAGGCUUUGGAUACGGAGGAUAUCGUGGCGGAUUCUAUGGAUGAAGAUGAUAAGUACGAAAUGUCUAUUCGAUGGUCUAUGAAAAAAAAAAAAAUAUAUAUAUAUAUACAUAUUUAUAUAUAUAUAAGGCAAAAGAAUAUCGCAUUUUUUUUUUCUUUUUUUUUGCUUCGUUUUCUGUUUCUUCCGGAAUAAAAUUCAUGUAUAAAG